AUGGUACAGAAAGGCAAUAUCGAAGUAGUAGAUAUGUUACUUCGUAAUCUUUGUCAUCAUGAUCUACUGUUUGGUGGAAAAAUUUUCAUUAGUAUAGGAGAUUUUUAUCAAGUUGUUCCAGUAAUUCCAUAUGUUCUUGAUAUGGAAUAUUUACGACUUAUAGAUGAUAUUGGUAACAGUAUUAAUGGAGAAAAUAUUUCAUUAUCCUUAUUAACUACAACACACAAAUUAGAUGAUACAAUUGAUUUUAUCUUUCCCACAUCUAUAUUAAACAACUCAAUUGCAUUUCUCCAAUGA